AUGUCUGCCUGGAAUCUCAGCUGCUUCUUCAGAUUUACCAAGAUCAUCAUCCUCUUCUUUGCUGGUGAUUCAGCCCUCCAACUGGCCCAAGUGUUGUAUCUUAAUCCCAACCUGUCAGAUAUAGUUUUUCCCCACGAUGCCGCUGUGUCUGAGCCUGGAUUGUGCGUCUUUUACUGCAUUGUCUGCACUCCACUUCUGACCUGUGAUGACUUCCACACGGGCUCCACUGACUUUAUCGUCUGCAUACCUGACUUUGGUGACAAAGCCUUCACGUUUUCUUCUGUCGAUCAUAACGGCCCCAAGUAUAACGACCCCCAUGUGAAGACCAACCUGCUGCUCCAGGCACACCUCUCGCGCAUGCAGCUGUCAGCAGAGCUGCAGUCAGAUACGGAGGAGAUACUGAGCAAGGCUGUGCGACUAAUCCAGGCAUGUGUGGACGUACUGAGCAGUAACGGGUGGCUGUCCCCGGCCCUGGCGGCCAUGGAGCUGGCACAGAUGGUCACACAGGCCAUGUGGGCCAAAGACUCCUACCUCAAACAGCUGCCCCACUUCACACAGGACACCAUCAAGGGAUGCCAGGAUAAGGGUGUGGAGACCAUAUUUGAUGUGAUGGAGAUGGAGGAUGAAGACAGGAACUCACUGCUGCAGCUCACAGAGUCUCAGAUGGCUGACGUGGCACGCUUUUGCAACCGCUUCCCCAACAUAGAGAUGACAUAUGAUGUUGCUGAUAAGGACAGCAUAUCCAGUGGCUCCAACGUGAAUGUAAAUGUACAGCUGGAGCGGGAGGAUGAGGUGGCUGGGCCGGUCAUAGCGCCUCUUUUCCCACAGAAACGUGAGGAGGGCUGGUGGGUGGUGAUAGGGGACACCAAGAACAACUCUCUGCUCUCCAUCAAGAGGCUCACACUGCAGCAGAAGGCCAAGGUGAAGCUGGACUACGUGGCGCCCUCUCCAGGCCGCUACAACUACACGCUGUUCUUCAUGAGCGACGCCUACAUGGGCUGUGAUCAGGAGUACAAGUUCAGCAUCGACGUCAAGGAGGGACGCGGCAGCAGCGGCAGUGAUAGUGACUAGGCAUGGCAACAGUAACUGGACUCAAUUGGAAGUGACUGUCUGCACAUUCAGUGUUGCUGCCAUCAUUUCUCUGUCUUGGAUAAAUGUUCUGUUGCAGCCUGCAGAAUUUAAGCCUUAAAGAUAAAUAUUUUCAUAUCUUUUGCUGGCAGUUGUCACAUUAUUUGUGUGAAUGAGAUUGUGCAGUUGCAGGCCAAGUCUGUUGUUGCCAUUUUUUGUCCAAAUGUGUGAUCUGGCAUAAAUGUUAACAAAA